GCAGGUGGAGAGAGUGAAUGGGAGGGAUGAAGCGCUGGGAGGAGGAUGAAGGAGGAGGAGGCAGAGAGACGAGUGUGGGAGGAGAGCAGGAGCAGCAGGAAAUCAGGGAAAGGGGCAGAGAGAAAGGAGUGUGACAGUGGGAGGUGCAGCCACUGCCUUUGCUCUCCGGAUCCGGGACUCAUGGGGCGACUGCUGCUGCUGCAACAGAGAGUGAGAGCCCGGGCGCAUCUUCCCUCCGCCGCCGCCGUCUGACUUGCAACUUUCUGCCUCUUUGUGUGUGUGUUUUGUAUGUGUUUUGUGUGUGUUGUGACUGCUUCUUCCCGCUGCGUCCCAGUGGGUGCCCGAAUGCAGCGCCUGCCCCGAGGGCACAUGUAGCUACUACUCCUGCCCUGAGAGCGCACGUAGCACGGUCUGGGAGCCCAAGUGUCCGGGCUUUAUAAAGAGUUGCGUUUAGAGGAGCCCCCCCCCCCUGUGUAGUGGUAGCGCUGCUGCUGGCCGCCCCCCUCACAAUGCCGGAUCUGAUCAGUGUGUCGGAAUUUGUGUGCGAGACCAAUGAGGAUUACAAGUCCCCCACUGCCUCCAAUUUCACCAACAGGCUGAGCCAGUGCAGGAACACGGUCGUGGCUAUAGAUGAGGCUCUGGAGGUUGAUCACACGAUCCUGAACAAAAUGAAAAAAUCUGUGAAAGCCAUUCACACUUCUGGUCUGACCCAUGUGGAAAAUGAGGAGCAGUACACUCAAGCACUGGAAAAAUUCGGAAGCAACUGCGUUUGUAGGGACGACCCUGAUUUGGGAACGGCCUUCCUCAAAUUCUCUGUCUUCACCAAGGAGCUAACUGCACUUUUCAAAAACCUGGUGCAGAACAUGAAUAACAUCAUCACAUUUCCACUUGACAGCUUACUGAAGGGAGAUCUCAAGGGGGUGAAAGGGGAAUUGAAAAAGCCUUUCGAAAAAGCCUGGAAAGAUUAUGAAACUAAAGUGACCAAAAUUGAAAAGGAGAAGAAGGAGCAUGCCAAGAUGCAUGGUAUGAUCCGCACUGAGAUCAGUGGGGCUGAAAUUGCUGAGGAAAUGGAGAAAGAAAGACGUGUGUUCCAGCUCCAGAUGUGUGAGUACCUGCUGAAAGUGAAUGAAAUAAAGAUUAAAAAAGGAGUGGAUCUGCUGCAAAACCUGAUUAAGUACUUCCAUGCGCAGUGCAACUUUUUCCAGGAUGGCCUGAAAGCUGUUGAAACCCUGAAGCCCUCCAUUGAAAAACUUUCAACCGAUCUGCACACGAUCAAGCAAGUCCAGGAUGAAGAGCGGAAACAGCUCAGCCAGCUGAGGGAUAUCUUAAAAGCAGCCCUACAAGUGGAGCAGAAGGAGUCUAGACGAGAUUCACAGAUCCGACAGAGCACUGCUUACAGCUUGCAUCAACCACAGGGAAACAAGGAACACGGCACUGAGAGGGAUGGAUACCUCUAUAAGAAGAGUGAUGGAAUCAGAAAGGUCUGGCAGAAGAGGAAGUGCACAGUAAAAAAUGGCUUUCUAACCAUAUCCCACGGCACAGCUAACAUUCCACCUGCAAAGCUGAACCUGUUAACCUGCCAAGUGAAAACCAACCCAGAGGAGAAGAAGAGUUUUGACCUUAUCUCACAUGAUAGGACAUAUCAUUUUCAAGCUGAGGAUGAAGCAGAGUGCCAAAUAUGGAUGUCAGUGCUUCAGAACAGCAAGGAAGAGGCCUUAAACAAUGCAUUCAAAGGAGACCACAGUGCAGGGGAGAACAACAUUGUUCAGGAACUCACCAAGGAAAUAAUAUCUGAUAUCCAGAGAAUGCCAGGGAACGAUGUCUGCUGUGACUGUGGUGCAUCAGAUCCAACUUGGCUUUCAACAAACCUGGGGAUCCUGACGUGUAUUGAGUGCUCGGGGAUACACCGGGAACUGGGUGUGCAUUACUCCAGAAUACAGUCUCUUACACUGGAUGUCUUGGGAACCUCUGAGCUUUUGCUUGCUAAAAAUAUCGGGAACUCCGGGUUUAAUGAAGUGAUGGAAGCUUGCCUGCCUGCUGAUGAUUCCUUGAAGCCUACUCCUUGCAGUGAUAUGAAUGCACGGAAAGACUAUAUUACCACCAAGUACAUAGAAAGAAAGUAUGCCAGGAGAAAAUACCAUGACAAUGCCUCUAAACUGCACGGCUUGUGUGAUGCCGUCAAAUCCAGAGACAUCUUUGCACUGGUACAUUUACACGCUGAAGGGGUGGAUCUCACCGAGGCCAUACCUCUUGCCAAUGGACACGAACAAGGCGAGACUGCACUUCACCUCGCUGUCAGAUCAGUUGACCGCAAUUCCUUGCACAUAGUUGACUUUCUCGUACAGAAUAGUGGCAACUUGGACAAACAGACAACUAAAGGAAGUACUGCUCUUCACUACUGCUGCUUAACAGACAAUGCCGAGUGCCUUAAACUACUGCUGCGAGGGAAAGCCUCCACAGACAUAGCUAAUGAUGCAGGAGAAACACCGCUGGACAUAGCGAAAAGGCUCAAGCAUGCACAGUGUGAAGACUUGCUGAUCCAGGCCAUGAAUGGGAGGUUUAACUCUCAUGUUCAUGUGGAAUAUGAAUGGAGGCUGCACCACGUGGACCUUGAUGAAAGUGAUGACGAUGUGGAUGAGAAAAUGCAGCAGCAGCCAAGCCCUAUACGCAGAGAAGAGAGGCCUGUCAGUUUCUACCAGCUGGGAAUAAACCAGGGGCAGCCCAGUGUCGCCUGCUUAGCCAGAGAAGCAGCCAGUAUUGCUAAGGACAAGCCGAGGAAUUUCCUGCCAAAUAUCAUUCAGAAUGAAACGUAUGGUGCAGUCAUUGGAAACAGCAAUUCCCCAGGCAAUGCUGCAGGCCCUGCUACUACCAAUGCUCCUCCUUUGCCUCCCCGAAACACUAUAAAAGUUCAUUCAACUAUAUUUGGCAGUAGCAUACACACCACACCUUCCAACACCCCAGCCUGGAAAGCUAGCUCAAUAUCAGCAGAAAGUGGCAGCAGACAGAGGUCCUCAUCGGAUCCGCCAUCUAUACAGCCCCCUGUGCCACCUCUCCGUGUAACAUCCACUGCCACAAAUCCUCCACCGCCUCCUCCAGUCACUAAGACAGCCAGUGUUAUGGAAGCCCUUAGCCAGCACUCCAAGCAGAGCCCUCCUCCUCCAGUUCCACUGAACAAGCCUGUGCCUCCUCCAGUCCCACCUCAGCCGGCCAACCGGCCCUCACAUAAAAGACCGGCUCCCGGGAUUGAUAAACCUGCUGUAACAACCAAGGGGCCGCCGCCUGCGUUGGUGACUGCAUCUCUGCCUCCGGCUGCAGAUUUCCCUUCAGAGACGACGUCCUCGCAGCCUGGACCCAAACCCAGCAAACUCACCCCAUCACAGCCACCAGCACCCAUGCCACGGAAAUCCCAGCUGCCGAAAAUGAAGCCCAAGAGGGUAAAAGCAAUAUACCACUGUUCGGCCGACAAUCCAGAUGAGCUAACGUUUUCAGAAGGUGAAAUCAUUGUGGUUGAUGGGGAGGAAGAUAAGGAGUGGUGGAUUGGACACAUAGACGGAGAGCCAAACCGAAGAGGUGCCUUCCCUGUGUCAUUUGUGCACUUUAUCGCUGAAUAACCUUCGGCCUGCCUAGAUCAAACUCCCGGGUCCCCGUGGGAAGGCCAGCCACGUGGGCGACAUCCACACAAUGUUUCUCUUGCACUGAGUGCAGAAUGAGGUGCCACGGACGAGCAGCCACCUCCUGACAUCACUUCCUGCUCCAACCGGCCAUCAGCUGCAAACGCCAAGAAACCCAGACCUAGAGAUUUUGUCAGGCGUUUUCUAUGCCCCUUGUAUUUAUUUUUCCUCAAAGGAAGAUUUCUACCAGUUGGAUGUAGAUAUUCCUGUUGAACACUAGAGGGCAGAUUUCACCCUGUGGAUAUUUUGUACCAUGCUGGCUUCAUGAUAUAGCUUUGUCCUGGCCUCCAGUUUCUUGUUCUUUGUCGGGAGGGACUAAUGUACAUUGCAGGGCAAUGCACUACACAACUAACCUGCAGUUAAAGGGUUAACGACUUGGGGAUUGUAUGUAACCUUUGUCUUUUUUUUUCUAGUUAGUAAAUUAACUUUUUAUUAAUAGAA